UGUUGUACCCGAGUGGUGGUCGAAUUUUCCUGUAUCGUUUUCAGGGAAAUGCAAUUUUUUGAACAUAUGGACGCUGUUGGGUGUGGUAUGGCCUGCUACUCUGGAUCUGUACCGAGCUAGACUGAACAUGUGAUCGCUUUAACGUCUGCUAAACAAACCACGUUUCACGAUGUCCGUGGUGGGGCAGAACACCCAGGGCUGGGUUUUGGAUGCAUGCUCACUCACUGAUCAAAGCUAUUCGCGUUGCAUCCGACUUAAGGAUAAUCAAAAAUCACUUGUCACGUGUCGUUUUAAGCGGCAGUGUUUUCAGAUUUUACAGAGCCAUUAUAGUGUGAGUGCCAGUGCAGCUGUGGAUGGAGCAAACACGGAUAUGGUGCAGAAACCCGACAAACCAUCAAAGAAAAGGAAACGAAAACACAGUGAACUCAACCAGGGAGAAGUAGAUUCACAGGCCUUCCAUGAGAAGAUCAGAUCUGUCAUCCUGGAGGGAGCCAAAUCCCUGGUGGAUUCUGUCAGAUCCCUCGGAUAUCUAAACGGAGUGACAGACACAGUGAAGGAGCCUCUUCCCUCUCAGGAGUGCAGCCUCGUCGCUCUUUGUGAAAUGGCUAAAGAGCUUCCUCUAGUGGAUGAUGAGGAACAGGACAAGUGUGUCCAGUUACUUGUUGCUGAAGAUGGCUGUACAUCACAUGUCGACUUGUUCUCCCGGGUAACAGAGAACAGGGCGGACUGGGCUACAGUGGUUACACUGAUGGGAGAGGAAUAUGUAAUACCACCACACACAGCUUUUCUGCUUUCUGAUUUCACAAGAAUACAGCCCCUUGUCCACUAUGGAAGGAGGUUUGACUUAAUAGUUAUGGAUCCACCGUGGGAAAACAAGUCUGUGAAAAGGAGUCGCAGAUACAGUUCUUUGCCUUCAACCCAGCUGAAACGGCUCCCUAUACCCCUACUGGCGUCUCCGAACUGUUUAGUGGUCACCUGGGUCACAAACCGACCUAGCCACCUGCGUUUUGUGCGUGAUGAGCUGUAUCCACACUGGGGAGUAGAAGUUGUUGCUGAAUGGUUCUGGGUCAAGGUCACCACAUCUGGGCAGUUUGUGUUUCCUCUGGAUUCACGUCAUAAGAAGCCAUAUGAAGUGUUGGUGCUGGGCCGAUAUCGUUCCUCUGUAAAUAACUCCUCAAGCUCUUCAGAGACGUCAGAGGUUCCUGUGGAGGACCAGCGUUUGAUUGUCAGCAUCCCAUCAGCUCUUCACUCUCAGAAGCCCCCACUCUCAGAGGUGUUGAAGCCCUACGUCGGAGCUGAAGCCAAGAGCUUGGAGCUGUUUGCCAGGAGUCUUCAACCCGGGUGGACCAGCUGGGGCAAUGAAGUGCUCAAAUUUCAGCACACAAGCUAUUUCACUUUAAUGACGACGGAUGAUCGAGCAGACGUUCCUGAAGAGGAGGCCACAGAAGUGGCUCCCCUCCCCCCACUGUCCCACCACUGAGGACUAAAGACUGACCUUCAACACUUGUCUCAUCAGUAUUUCGGUGUGUUCUUAAUGAAGAUUCAACGCCCAAAUAUUUUGAUACCAGUUCCUUUUGAUCUUUACUUCUCAUGCAUGUGGGACCUUUGAUUUCUUUUUAUAGGUCUGGGUACAUUUUUAAGGUAGCGAUUCACAGGAGUGAUGAUGCAUUUGAAGAGAUGAAAGUGCAUUUCUGUGCAGCUGUGUUUUUAAACUGCAAUCUGAUAAACAACACUCAAGGUUUUAUUUUUUUAAUCUUUGGCACAAUAUGUAAGACUCAGGGAUGAUCAAAGUAUUUAUUUGUUACUAAUGUUAUGCUGUUUUGAGCUGGAAUUUUUGAAAUGUUUCCCAAUUGUAAUGAAAGAAACAGUUUCAUACUGAAACCAUUUGGUUUGCUUCUAUCUGUCCUUUAACAGAACUUUUAUUUAAAGGUGUUUCACUUGAACAACACACUGCUGUGUCCUCCACCCUGCCUUUGUACUGUUAAGGGCAUCCAGUUCUACCCUUACAUAAUUUGUCUGUGAAUUUUCCUUGUUUCCACUGAAAGAUGCACCCUUCCUCGAGUCACACUUCUAACUCUCAGCAUAGCCAUUGAUCUAGCUUUUCCUAAUGAGUGUGUGGUCUCCAGAGAGAGUAGAGGUGGUGUGGGAUGAGCAGGGCUGUCUUUAAGGCAGAUGAGAAUAAGUUAUGGCCACCGCAGCGCAGUACACAUCACAGCUAAUGAAGCCAGCAGGAUUAUUUACACAUUAACAUGUCAUGAUCUCUGUCUCUCUCUGACACACAGACCUAACAUACCAGUAUCUAUUUCUCCUUUAUCUGCCCCAACUACAGUUAGGAAGAGAAGCAGGAGGAGGAAUAUUUGAGUACAAUAUUCAAUCCCCCCCACAUAGGUGAACUUGCAGAAGGAUUUCUACUGUUUUGCUAAGUAGCCUACAGUAGUGUUUUUCCAUAGCUUUCAGACAUACCUUCAUCAGCAGAUGGAGUUCAGUCAGUUGCCACGGAGAAGGUGUAGAUGUUACCACAGCUCAUUAACAAAUGGAGGAUUAUUUUGUCAUCUUUUACCACUUAAGCUCAAGUUGUGUGUCUUCAAGGCCUUAAAAACAAGUGGAAGGCAUUUCUGACUUCAUGAAACAUCAGCAAUCGAAAUAAUUUAUGUCAGAAGCCUGCUGUGUUUACAUCAGUCUUCUCUUCUUGACUAUGUUCCAACUGUUACAUGCCAGCUGUUGAUGUAACCUACUGUACUUUGAUCUGUAAGCAGCAAAUAAUAAAUAAAUAAUUGAUUGUGUGAA